AUGGCCGAUCUCAAAAAGGUGCCGGUUACGAUUCUCUCUGGACAACUCGGCAGUGGCAAAUCGACCCUUCUGCGCCGGCUACUGACCAACCAAAGCCAGCUCAAGAUCGCGAUCGUCAUGAACGAAUUUGCGCAAACGGCUAGCAUCGAAGGGAAAUCCAUCCAGCUGACCGUUGCUAACGAGGGAACUCAGGUUCAAGAAUGGCUAGAACUAGAUAACGGCUGCUUGUGUUGCAGCGCCCAAGAUCAAGGAGUCCUGGCCAUAGAGUCUCUCAUGCAACGACGGGGCACAUUUGAUCACAUCAUUGUCGAAACUACAGGUAUUGCCGAUCCGUCUCAGAUAGCUUUGCUGUUUUGGAUUGAUUCAGCCCUCGAGUCUCUCCUCUAUCUUGAUGGGAUCGUUACGGUGGUAGACUGCGCACACUUGGAAAAGCAACUGGAAGAAGAAGCCACCGCCAAUAGUGGAACUGUGACCAAACAAAUAGCGGUCGCGGAUUCGUUGUACUUGUCAAAGAUCGACUUGGUAUCUGAAUCCAGACUCGAGCCGUUAAAACGGUUGAUCGAUUCCUUGAACGAUUCGGCACUACUGAGUCAAUCAGAUGACGAUCUAGAAAUGGUUUUGCCCAAGGUGCUCAGUCUGGAUUCAUUUUCAACCUAUCGCGGAUUGCCCCAGUCACUUGCGACGCCAGAGAGGAACACGGAAAACGUGGAUUCGAGCCUAAUGGCCAGGUUGACACGUCCAGUAGGCAACUCAACAGACCCGAGCUUUCGGACGACUCACGAUAGCUUUUCGACGAUUACCAUCAAUCUGCCUGCUUUCGCGAACGUCAACACCAGUGAUAGCAAGUUUGAUCGGACGUUCCGCAAACUACUCUGGGAGGGAAUUCUGGGCGAAGAAGGAGAGCCGCGUCCUGCCGAGCCGGGCUCAGAAAUUGGGGAGCCAUUAAUCCUUCGAGCCAAGGGCUUACUGAAAGAUAAUGACGGGAACUGGUUUAUUCUGCAAGCCGUCCGGGAAACUUAUGAGAUCCAGCCGGUCCAUCCUGAUGUUUUGAUGGAUGAACAUGAGCACCCCAAAUUGGUUUUGAUCGGCAAAGGACUCGAUACUCAGUUGGAACAGCGCUUCCUCAAAGAAAUAUCAUGA